GGCGGGCGGUUGGGGGGGGGGUGAAGGAGCCUGGGGCUCAGCAUGGAGCCUCCUCCGCCACCACCGCUGCCGCGCGACGAGAAGCCGUCGUCCACUCGGUCGUCACCGGGCGCCUCGCCUCAGCAACACCGGCGCCGGCGGUCGGGCCGCUUCGGCCUGGAGAUGUACCGCUCGCUGAGCGAGGACACCUUCGACCUGUUCACGGCCGAGUCGGAAGCGUCGCUGCCUUACCUGGACAACGACGAGGCCGACUUCAGCGAGAGCGACACCACGGUGGACCGCAAGCGGAGCCGGGCCAGCAGCAUCCGGCACCGGUACGAUGUGGUCGGCGAGCUGGGCUGCGAGGAGGUCCGCUGGUUUUACAAGGAGGACCGCAAGACCUGGAAACCCUUCAUCGGGUAUGACUCGCUGCGAAUCGAGCUGAUGUACCGCGACUACCUGAAGCUGGCCGCCAGGGACUCGGGGCUGGACAGUGUACAGACCGUCUGUGUCCGCGGGGGCCUCUAUGAAGUCAACGUGAUAGACAAGGGCUGCUACCCCGUCUACUGGUACCAACCUGAUAAGAUUGUAGUCAUGCGUGGCCAGUGGUUUGUUGACGGUACAUGGCAACCUUUGGAAGAAGAAGACAGUAAUCUCAUUGAAGCUGAACACCUAAAGCGUUUUCGGGGUCAACAGAUGCAGGAUGCAUUUGAACUGGAUGUAGCUAAACCCAUGGAUAGUAAAGAUGUCUUUUACCAAUUCCCUCCCUUCUACCUUCCCUUUUUGUUCAAAUGGAGACGCUUUAAGGAAAGUACUGACACUGCAUGUAACAAAAGAAAGUAUUGCCAAGCUAUACAUAGUUUAAAGCUCAGACGCAACCAUGUGGACUGGUACAGUGUGGAUGAAGUUUACCUUUACAGUGAUGCAACCACAUCCAAAAUUGCCAGAACAGUUACCCAGAAGUUGGGAUUUUCUAAAGCAUCAAGUAGUGGAACUAGACUUCAUAGAGGAUAUGUCGAAGAGUCUUCACUUGAAGACAAACCUCCACUCCCUACUCAUAUAGUUUUUGUUGUACAUGGAAUAGGACAGAAAAUGGACCAAGGUCGAAUUAUCAAAAAUACAGGCAUGAUGAGAGAAGCUGCAAGGAAGGUUGAAGAAAAACACUUUCCUUAUGCCACAAAUUUGGAAUAUGUUGAGUUUCUGCCAGUGGAAUGGAGAUCGAAGCUAUGCCUGGAUGGGGAUACUGUUGAAUCCAUUACCCCAGAUAAAGUACGUGGACUUCGUGAUAUGUUAAAUAGCAGUGCUAUGGACAUCAUGUACUACACAAGUCCCCUUUACAGGGAUGAGAUUGUGAAAGGCCUUCAGCAGGAGUUAAAUCGGUUAUAUGCACUUUUCUGUUCUCGGAACCCAGAUUUUGAAAUCCAAGGUGGGAAGGUUUCCAUAGUAGCCCAUUCUCUGGGCUGUGUCAUCACGUAUGAUAUUAUGACUGGGUGGUAUCCAGUGCGAUUUUAUGACAAAAUGGUCCAAGAGGAAGAAGAGAUGACUGAGAAUUCCAUGAGUUUUGAGGAGCGUGAACUUCUAGAUGAGAUUCUCAAGACUAAAGAACGAUUAAAAAAAUUGGAACACCAGUUGCUUCAAGUGAAAGCUUCAGAACCAUUCAGAUUACCUGCUUUGAAAUUUAAGGUUGAAAAUUUCUUCUGCAUGGGAUCCCCUCUAGCAGUUUUCCUAGCGUUGCGUGGCAUACGUCCUCAACAUACUGGUAAUCAAGAUCACAUUCUACCGAAAAGUAUUUGUGGUCGAUUGUACAAUAUAUUUCACCCGACAGACCCUGUAGCCUAUCGGUUAGAACCUCUGAUCUUGAAACAUUACAGUAAUAUUGCACCCCUCCAAAUCCAUUGGUACAACACACCUGUCUUAACAAAGUACGAUGACAUAAGGCCAACCUACAUCAAGCCUGCCAAAGAGUCGAUGAGUCCUUCAAUGCCUCCCUCAGCAACUACCUCACAUACAGAAAUUGAAAACAUGCCAAGUCCAAGUUCCUCGCCAGUUAUACCUCGACGAAACUAUGGGGAAUCAAUAACCAGUCUAGGAAAAGCAAGUAUAAUGGGAGCUGCACACAUUGGAAAAGGUAUUGGUGGAAUAUUGUUUGCAAGAUUCACACGUUCUUCUUCAAUCAGUGAGGAAUACAAGGAUGAACCAGUUGUAGAAGACAGGAGAACAACUGAAGCUCACUAUAGUCCAAGGUUGUUGUCACGCAAUAAUUCUGGUCUUUUGUAUGGUACAGUGGAGUUAGAGCAUCGCCUUGAUUUUGAACUGCGGGAGGGCCUUGUAGAAAGCAGGUAUUGGUCUGCAGUAACAUCACACACUUCUUAUUGGUCAUCUCUAGACGUCGCUCUUUUCCUCCUAUCAUUUUUGUACACACAGAGACCACCUGUUGGUGUCGACCAAUCAGAAGACACCAGAUUUCCAGGAGAAUCUCCGCACAAGUGACGAACUGUAUAGAGAGACUGUUACUCCUGCUUAAAGUGCAAUGAAAACAAAGGGAAUCACAGCUUUGUUUGUGUUUUUUAUUUAUUUUCUAAAAUCCACAAUGAAUACUGGAAGUACGAGCAAACUAUUUCUAAAUAAAGUACUCAGAUUAGAGUCAAACCUGUUCUUUUCCUACUCUUUAACACGUUGUCAUUAUUCACUGUAUAAUAAAUAUGUAAAAUACUUCUUUACAAUUAUGGCAAACUAAGGUUAAUACUAACAUUGAGGCUGGAGCUUAUAAUGUUAUAAACUUUAAUUUUUAUUUAUGUUUCAAAUGUGCAAACCAUAUCCAGAUACUAAUAAUGUUUUGUACUAGUAUAACCUCCUAAGAAUGUUGACAUGAAGUUUGCACUUUAUAUCUCCAGUGACAUCUUACAGCUAGUCAACGUGGCUUACAAUGAACUGUUUACACAUUUGAAGUAUAAAAAAAGAAGUUUGGUGCUUAUACUUAUGUUAAUACAAUGUUUUUCACUUUUUUGUUGAUUUGUGUAUUUUUUAAAAUUUAAACACAACUGUU